AAAAAAAUAGUAGAAAGAACAGAAUGGCUCUCUCCUUUCCUUUUCUAUUCAAACCUCGUCGUCGUUCAACUGCACAACCCACUUCCGUCAUUCUGUAUACCUUUUCCGUACAAAACCAGCAUCAUGCACUCCACAAAAUCUCGCCGCCGGAGGAUCGUUCCGGCCCCUGCUACCGCCGACCUCUCCGAUAAACAAGAUCAACUCCUCCUCUCCGCCGCCAUCUGCAACGGUGAAGAUCUCGGCCCCUUCGUCCGCAAAGCUUUUGCCUCAGGCAAACCCGAAACCCUCCUCCACCUCCUCAAAAGCUUCUCCAGAUCCAAGGAAUCCGAGAUCGAGGACGUCUGCCGCGCUCACUACCAGGACUUCAUUGUCGCCGUCGACGAUCUCCGAUCCCUAUUAUCCGAUGUCGAUUCACUCAAAUCCUCUCUCUCCAACUCCAACUCCAAACUUCAAAACGUCGCGGUACCUCUCCUCACCUCCCUCGACUCCUUCGUCGAAGCUAAAAACAAGUGCUCCAACAUCACCCUCGCCAUAAACUCCCUCAACGAGUGCGCGCUGCUUAUGGAGCUUUGCAGGCGUGCGAAUUUUCAUCUUUCCAAAAACAACUUCUACAUGGCGUUGAAAUGCCUGGAUUCAAUCGAAUCGAAUUUCCUGGCCGAAACGCCGUCGACUACUCUGCAAAGGAUGCUGGAGAAGCAGAUCCCCGCAAUUAGGGUUCACAUAGAGAGAAAAUCGAGUAAAGAAUUUGGGGAUUGGCUGGUCGAGAUCCGAACCGUGAGCAGAAAUUUAGGCCAGCUCGCCAUCGGACAGGCCUCAGCAGCUCGCCAGAGAGAAGAAGAACUUCGAAUUAAGCAGCGCCAAGCCGAGGAACAAAGCCGCCUCAGCUUGAGAGAUUGUGCCUAUGCAUUAGAAGAAGAGGAACACGAUGAAAUGGACAGCGAGGUCGACGGAAAUGGAGUUUCUAGCUUCGAUUUAAUGCCUCUGCACAGGGCUUACCAUAUCCAUCGAACCCUAGGGCUUGAAGAAACCUUUAAGCAGUACUAUUUCGAGAACAGGAAGCUGCAGCUCACAUCUGAUUUCCAGGUCUCAUCAAUGACUCCAUUCCUCGAGUCCCACCAGACAUUUUUUGCACAAAUUGCAGGAUUCUUCAUAGUCGAGGAUAGCGUUUUGAGGACGGGAGGAGGAUUGGUUUCAAAAAUGGAGGUGGAGAAUCUGUGGGAUACUGCAGUGAGCAAGAUGUGCUCAGUGUUGGAAGAUCAGUUUUCCAGGAUGCAAACUGCUAAUCACUUGCUGUUGAUAAAGGAUUACGUGAGUUUGCUCGGUGUUACUCUCCGUAGAUUUGGAUAUCCAGUUGAUGCUUUGCUCGACGUCUUGAGCAAGCACAGGGACAAGUAUCAUGAGCUGUUACUGUCCGAUUGUCAAAAGCAGUUCGCCGAAGCUCUGGCAGCCGACAAGCUUGAGCAGAUGUACAUGAAAAAGGAGUACGAGUAUUCGAUGAAUGUUCUUUCUUUUCAGCUGCAAACAUCAAGCAUCAUGCCGGCAUUUCCAUACGUCGCUCCAUUUUCUUCUACGGUGCCCGAUUGCUGUAGAAUUGUGAGGUCGUUUAUAGAGGAUUCGGUGAGUUUCAUGGCAUAUAGCGGGCAGCUAGACUUUUACGAUGUCGUUAAAAAGUACUUGGACAGGCUGUUAUCGGAGGUUUUGGACAGGGCAUUGUCUAAAGUUAUUAGUGGUUCGAUCAAUGGAGUUGCGCAAGCUAUGCAGAUGGCAGCGAAUAUGUCGGUGUUUGAACGAGCUUGUGAUUUUUUCUUCCGUCAUGCUGCGCAGCUGUCCGGGAUUCCUUUGAGGAUAGCUGAGAGAGGAAGGAGACAGUUUCCAUUGAUGAAAGCUCGGGAAGCUGCAGAGGAGGCGCUCUCGGGGUUGUUGAAGCAAAAAGUCGAUGGCUUUCUAACAUUGAUUGAAAAUGUGGAUUGGAUGGCGGAUGAUCCUCCGCAGGGAGGGAAUGAGUAUUCGAACGAGGUGAUAAUUUUCUUGGAAACAUUGGUUUCGACUGCGCAGCAGGUCUUACCCGUUGAAGUACUGAAACGGGUUUUGCAAGAUGUUCUUGCGCAUAUAUCGGAGGUGAUUGUCGGGGCCUUACAUGGGGAUUCGGUUAAGAGAUUUAACAUCAAUUCGAUCAUGGGACUUGAUGUCGAUGUUAAGCUGUUGGAAUCUUUUGCUGAAAAUCAGGCGCAUAUUAUGUCGGAGGCAGAUGCAAGUGAAUUGAAGUCGGGGCUUGCCGAGUCGAGGCAAAUGGUGAAUUUGCUUUUGAGUAGUCAUCCUGAGAACUACUUGAAUCCAGUGAUAAGGGAAAGAAGCUACAACAAGCUCGACCAUCGGAUAGUGGUCGCAAUUUCGGAGAAAUUAAAGGAUCAAUCUGACAGAAUAUUUGCAUCUUUUGGAACAAGAGGAGCUAGGCAGAAUCCUAAGAAGAAAUCCCUUGAUGCAAUGAUAAGAAGGCUCAAGGAUGCAAACUGAAAUUGUAUCCUAACUUCUAUUUAUUGUUGUUAUCAUAUUUACUCAA